GCAUGUUUUCGGUUCUAGCAGUGGGGGGGAAGAUAGAUAUGCGUCUUCUUCCGCGUUUACCUGAAGCUCUAAGGUGUUUCUGACGUUUUCUGAAUGACCAAACCAGCUAACAGCGAACGCGCUGGAACCAACUCCCGGAUAGCCUCUUAACAGACAAGAACAACAAGAGGCAAAAAGUUGUGGCGGAGACACACUUAAACUUUAUUUCCCCCUCUUCUCUCCUGAAACAAUGGGCUGUUGCAGCAGCUCAGAGGGUAAACGGGAAUGGAAACCGCUGGAGGAGCACAGCUGCACGGACGUGCCAUGGCUCAUCGUCUUCACGCUGUUUUGUGUCGGCAUGGCCUUUAUCUUCGGCUUCGCCAUCGCUACGGGAGGCGCCUUCCGCCUCGUCUCUGGGUACGACAGCUACGGCAACACCUGUGGCUGGAACAACACCAACAAGAAGAUUGAUGGCGUACCGCUCAGUGGCGCUGACAUGACGGCAAAAAAGUAUGUUUUCUUUCUAGAACCUUGCAACCUUGACCUGAUCAACAGGAAAAUAAAAUCCAUCGCCUUGUGUGUCUCUGAAUGUCCAGCCACAGAACUGAAGUCGUACAAAGAGGUGAAAGAUUUUGCGCUCAGUAAUGGGUCUUAUCUCUGCUCCUAUGAAAUUACUCCAGCAAGAUACGAAAGAAACAAAGACAAGUGUCCCAAACUUCCUGUGCCAGCAAGUAAACCUGCCCCCAUCUUCCACCGCUGCAUCCCUGCGGACAUUGGCUGCUACGCUGAGUUUGCCCAGGGUUUCUUCACAUUCGUCAGUGACAACACCGUGCUGCGCCGCGUCAUUUCCGGGGUGAUGACCAGCAAGGAAAUCAUCAUGGGUCUUUGUGUUCUGGCUUUAGUUCUGUCCCUGAUCAUGAUGGUGGUAAUUCGUUACAUCUCCAAACUGCUGGUUUGGAUCCUCACAGUUCUGGUAAUCAUCGGCUCCGUAGGUGGGACAGGUGUCCUCUGGUGGCUGUACGCCGACUACAAGCUUGAUCUCACUAGUAACUCCACAUCUGUUUUUGGGAGAGAAGUGAUGGCAGACAACGGCAAGGCCUUGCUUGUCUAUGCGAUCGGUGCUACUAUUUUCACAGUAGUGCUUCUGCUGGUGAUGUUUUUCAUGAGGAAGCGUGUGGCCCUCACCAUCUCCCUGUUCCAUGUGGCGGGUAAAGUGUUCAUUCACCUGCCCCUGCUGGUCCUGCAGCCCUUCUGGACCUUCCUCAGUCUCAUGUUCUUCUGGGUUUACUGGAUAGCCGUGCUUCUCUUCCUCGGGACAACAGGAUCUGCCGUGAAGAACAACGUGACGGGAGUGGUGGAAUACAAAAUGCAGGGGCCUCUUCAGUACAUGGUGUGGUAUCAUCUUGUCGGUCUCAUCUGGAUCAGCGAGUUCAUCCUUGCUUUCCAGCAGAUGACCAUCGCUGGAGCUGUGGUCACCUAUUAUUUCACAAGGAACAAGUCCCAGAUGCCAGCAGCUCCAGUGGUUUGGUCUGCGAUUCGUACCAUCCGCUACCACCUGGGCACUCUGGCAAAGGGAUCCUUCAUCAUCACGCUUGUUAAGAUCCCUCGUCUCAUCCUGACAUACAUCCACACCCAGCUCAAAGGAAAAGAAAAUGCUUGCGCUCGUUGCAUGCUGAAAGCCUGCAUCUGCUGUCUGUGGUGUCUUGAAAAGUGUUUAGCAUUCCUAAACCAAAACGCCUACACUGCCACGGCCAUCAACAGCACCAACUUCUGCACGUCGGCUCGCGAGGCUCUGGUCAUCAUGGUGGAGAACGCGCUCCGAGUGGCAGCCAUUAACACAGUGGGCGACUUUGUCCUCUUCUUGGGAAAGGUUUUGAUAGUCUCCUGCACAGCUUUUGCAGGCGUCCUGGCUCUGAAUUACCAUCGGGACUACACCGUCUGGGUGUUACCGCUCCUCAUCGCCUGUCUGUUCGCCUUCCUCGUGGCCCACUGCUUCCUCUCUGUGUUUGAGAACGUGGUUGACGUCCUCUUCCUCUGCUUCGCUGUGGACACGAAGUACAACGACGGCAGCCCCGGGCGGGAGUACUACAUGGACAAGGCAUUGAUGGAGUAUGUUGAGAAUAGUAAGAAAAUGGGUCAGUACAACCCGAACGAGGGAUCUGGACGGGAACUGAAGCCCAUGACGCGUGGAGAGACUUCAGCUUGACCGAGCAGCUAUAGCUACCAUGUCAUAAAUACUACUAAGAAAGUUGCUGAGAUGCGCACAGCGUGACCCUGGGUUAUCGGUAACCAGCAUCCACUACAGAAGCAUCAGCAACGUUUAUGAUGCGUUUUGUACAGAAGCUCUGAACAGUUACAGCUUAUAGAUUUUACUGUAUUUUACAUUUAUAAGACAGAGAGGGUUUUUUUUUUAGGUAACAUUGAAAACUAAUAGCAUAAGAGCAAUUCUCAUCAGCGUUAAGUUUGCUGUCAUUUGAUGGCUGUUGGUUGAUUUUUUUUUUUAUCUUUUAUUUUUAUUUUUUUCCAGCCCAGGAUUUGUUUUUAUUGCUUUUUAUAAAAAAAACAUGCAUUUCACUCCCAUGUAACUUGUUUGUUUGUUCUAGCUUUUACAUAUUGAGGUAAACAGAUGUUUUUUAAUACUGCUGCCUAUUAAUGCAUCGAGACUGUGUAUGUUUUUUAUGAGUUUCCUAAAUAAAUCUUUUUAAUAUAAAAACUUG